AUGUUAGACGCAACAGCCAUCCCCGUCCCACGACGGAACUGGACCACUCGGAGACCACGGAAAUUACCUCGUGGAAACCACGAGGAAGAUUUUAGGCGCAUGCUGCAGGAAGAUAUCAAGUCGAAGGAAGAUAAUUUCCUGGAUGGAACCGCCUACUCCCCUCUGGAUCUCCUUCUCAGCCCACCCGAUCAAGACAAUGAGAAACUCCUGCCUUGCAACGAUUCCGAGCAUGAAUCGCCACUGUCGGUGAGGUCAACAUCAAGUGAUUCUAUGCCAUCAUUAGAACAUGGUCUAUCAUCACCACCCAGUCUUUCCUCGCCGCCAACCCCUCCGAGCCAUAGAAGUCCACCGGAGAGACGACAGCCUCGGUAUUCACAUUCCGAGGAGUGUGCUUUGGACCAUCCUUUGCUUGUUACUGAACUCGAUGAAUGUGAAUACAUCGAAAUCAAGAAUGACAAUGAGCCUGUCACACCCAACACAGUGCCGGCAAAGCGAUCUGCAUCAUUUGGGCGCCUCGGAUCUACUUUCAAGUCGAACCUCACAGCAUCAUUACGGGCUAUCAAAUCGGCAGCACAGUCUGUCUCGACAUUUGCCACGCCGUCUGUUCAACCAGAAGACUUCCUCACCCGAUCUCUUUUCACCAUCACCCCAGAGAUGACCGAUGAUCGCCGUCCUUUACCGAUGCAAGAAACGCCUUCUCCGGCACUACGACGCUACUUGAAUCCAUCCCCGAUGAACCCAACCCCGAUGUCACCCGCGGAGAUGUAUGUCUACCACGAUCAUCCACACGACAAAUCACGUACCCCCAGUAUAUCACCCGUCUCGAUCCAAAUGCAGACAUAUCGUCGAUCUGGUGGCCGCGGGAACCGACGGAACCAUUUCCACAUCGCAAGCAAGGAUCAGAAAUUCGUCACUUUCGACCCGGAAGUUCCACCCAUGCCACGCCAACGCGAAAAUCGUGAAAACAGCGAUUUCUUACGCGUGGUGGUUCUCGAAAUGAACAUGCGCCGCAGCGGCAAACUCCGCGAUGACAUCCCACCCCGUGCUCGCAUCUGGUUGCCAGCACGCAAGACAAACACCCACUUAUCAGGACAAUACGAGGACGGAGAUGACAACAACGCCGUUCCGUCCCGGUGGGUGGGUGUAUCAGCCCAGUGA